CGAGGACAACGAGGACAGAGCGUGGCGGUCGACGAAGACGGGAAAGUCGGACUAACGCGGCCGCCCGAGCGAGACCGAAUCGAGCCGAGGGAAGGCAGUGCCGUUGGCGUAGUAACGUGCCGUGGCUGCCUUGCUUGCCCGCCUGCCUGCCUGCCUGCCUGCCUGCCUCUGCCUGCCUGCCUGCCUGCCUGCCUGUCUGCCUGGCAGCCGCUUGUGCUCGCCUGCCUGACUCACCGUUAGUGUGAGAACGCGGCUGUGUGCCGGCGCGCUCUCUGCGUGGCGCGUCCGUCGGGUCUCUCGCUCUCUUUGUACGUGCGAGGGGAGACCCGACCGACGAACGAACGAACGGUUGUGUGCGUUUCGUAUAGGUGGAUGGGGGUCCCGGCCCGGCUUUCGGCCCGUCCCGUCCCGUAGGUAGAGUAUCGCACCGCUCGCCACCCGCUAUCCACAGCAGUUUCAGCCAGCCGCCCGCCUGCCAGUGUCCCACCGCACGCCGAACCGUUUGCACUCAGAAGCGAUCAGGGAGCCCUUCUCUCCCUCGACUUCCCCCUUCGAGAGAAACGUGCGCGCGCGCGCGCGCACGCUCUUCCACCCCGGCGAGUCGCGCAUCGCGUACCCCGCCGCUAUACGCCGCCUCUAUAUCCGUUUCUCGUCUCUCGUCUCACCCUCGAUCCUUUACGCCCUCGUCUUCGUUACACGCGCGUUAUUUCUCUUUGUUCUUCCCGGCGGGACGAUAGCAUCUUCGUCCCCCUUUUUUGCAACUUCUCCCCGGGUUCCGUCUACCGGUCGUCUUCUUUCUCUCCAUCGGUUUCCUCCCCGAUUUCCUUCACGGUUUCCUUUUUCCUCUCUUUCUUCUUCUCUUCUUCCUCUCUCGCUGUUUUUCCUUCUUCGCCGCCAGUCUCCCGACGCUCUUCUUUCUUUUUUCGCUGUCAGUCACACUCGAAACGCACGAGCGCCGACUAUCGUUCUCUCCCUCCUGCUCGCUCCCACUUUCCUCUCUGUCGGUUGGCUGGCGUUCGGCGUGUUUAACCUCCCGCCGUCCCACAAGCAGCCCCUCCACCGCCGACACCGGGCUUCUGUCUCCGUUGGCAGCGCGAGCGGGCCAUUCGUUCCGUCUCGUUCGCUCGACUCCUCUCGUGUUCCGCGCGCACACGGUUGCUCCGUCCCUCUUUCUCGCUCCUGAGUAGCGCCGGUGUGUACUCCCGCUGUCACCUGAUCGCGGGACGCUUUUCGCGGGUGAGAUACCGCUCGGCCACCGAGUCAACCGAGUCUGCCGCCGCCGCCACCGUCGCUCGGUUUUCCUCCUCCGCACCCCGAGCCGCCUCUUCCUUCGGCAUCUGCUCCUACUCUCCUCCUUCUUCCUCUUUCUUUCACGGGACGCGCGCGCGCUUUCCUUUUCCUUUCCGUCUCGCGCGGACACGUCGUGCUGGUCUCUUCCUAUACUCGGCUCUUUGCCGCCGCGCUACGUCGAACGUGCACGCGGCUAGCUGGUGGUUUUCGAGAGGGAACGAAACGAAGGGAAAAUAGAAGAAAACGAAGAAGGAAACCCUCGAAAGUAGAGGCGAGAACAGGAAGAGGAGAAAACGUCAAAGACGUGGAAAACAACCGAUGAACCGAGGCGGAGCCUAUAGACACACGGUAAAAAAAGAAACGAGAGAAAAAGACGGUAAAAGGGAGAAAGAGAGAAUCGCAAGAGGAAAGAAAGACGGAGGAUCGAGAGUGCGGGGGUACGAGAGAGAGAAAGAGUAGUGCGCGCCACCGACAUCGUCCAACCACGACUGGCUUGGCCGAUCUCUCGCCUCUUCUUCCUCCUUUCACGGAUCUUCGCCGGUGCACACGUCUGAAGCCGACCGACUGGAGAGGGAGGUGACACUUUCGGAACGUGGACACGCGGCACGCACGGAUCGUCACGCUGGAUACGUGAGGAUCCAGGAGAACUCCGCUGGCUACCGUGCUCUCGUGCAGGCAAGAUUCCUAGACAAGCAGAGGACAACCGGGUGGAUUUUCCCGCGGGCAACAUCCCGGAAGCGACGACAACGACUGGACCGUCGCCAGUGGACAUCGUGGACGUCGAUAUACAACAGCCAGCACACGACCACCCCCUGUCGCUCGCUCGGCCUCGUGUAUCGUCUCUCUGUGUACGUGGCUGCUGUCUGUGUCUCCGUCCGUCUGUCGGCGCGUGUACCCGCGUACGAACGAUAAUGCUGGCGGCUGACGGUUUCGGUGAUCGACGACGACGCGGCCGGUGAACUAGUGACAGUGUGAAAUCGAUCGUGAGCAGGGAAACCGGCUAGCGGUCGCACUAAAUAUACCCAGGAAUAAUGGCAAGCGCGACAAUGGGACUCCGUCGCAGAGUGCCGGUGAACAAUUCGCCGACCCCGUCGGGCCAAUCCUCGUCCACUGGCUCGUCCAGCAAGCGUUCAAGAUCCGAGAACAACAACAGCCCGUCCCAUGGUAAUCUCAACUCUAUGGCACGGGACGAGCCACCGACCAAGAAGUCACGUGGCACGUCGACCAACGCGACCAAGGGCUCGUCGUCCUCGUCCCCGGAAACCAGUCCCUCGUCCAAGAGCCGAGGUGGUUCCGUGUCGAGAUCCAACGCCCACACCAAGACAUCCUCUGCAUCCGUGUCCACGUCGGACGCGGUGUCCAACAACAGCGUGUUGUCCAAUAGCUGGCAGACCACGUCGAACAUGUCCGAUGUGUCGACGUACGCAUCGGUAGCCGGAUUGAGUAUGGCCGCGAGCCCAACCGCUGGCCUGUGCGCCGGUGGCCUCAGCAUGCCCACUCCGAUCCCGUACAUGUCCUCGUCGAUGGCGACGUUCGUCGGAAAUGCCACCAACCUAGGCAAGAGCUCGUCCGUGUCGUACCUGGACAUUUCCAACAUGACCGGUGGCUCUUUGAGCACGUCCGCCGGCUUGAACGGCGGCUACGUCGGCAACGGGAACGCUGGCAACGCGAUGGACUCGAAGAACGGCGUACCCAUGCCGUUCCCUGGAAUGUCGGCUGGCGUGAACGGCACCGGUUACGGGAUGCAAAAGGGUCAAUCGGAGAACGCCGGUCUACCCAAGAAAUUCCAAAACGACGGAAUGUUCAACGCGUAUCAACCGUGGGUGAUCAAAACGUACGGAGAUUUGGCGAAAACUAAGACUAUCACGAUCAAAAAGUACGCUCGUAUAUUGCGAACACUGAGAGGUGAGGAAGUGAAUAGUGCGGAGAACAGUAAGUUCCGGUUCUGGGUGAAGAGCAAAGGCUUCCACAUCGGCCAGCCGGAAGGAUACGACGCGAAACCGGCGGACAGGAUUAUCGGCCGUCACGCGGUGACGAGUCCCGGAUUGGAUCCUCCGCUGUACGUGCCCACACAGCUGCCGCACAACAAGACGUUAAACGGCGCCGAGGGUACCGUUCCACCCGGAAGAGUGUACAAGAAAGUCGCGAUCGUGGAGAACUUCUUCGACAUUAUUCAUGCUGUCCAUGUUGACCUUGAGGGUCGUCCGGGGAAGCAUGCCGGUCAAAAGAGAACGUACAGGACGAUCACCGAAACGUACGCGUUUCUUCCCCGAGAGGCUGUAACGCGAUUUCUUUUGGGAUGUACGGAAUGCCAACGACGCCCGCGGACCCCGAGCCCGACGAAUUUAUCCAAUCAACCGCAGGCCACGUCGGCGACACCGUUGGCGACGACGACGCUAACGUCUACGACGACGCCGUUAAGCCCAAAUGCCCUCUCGAGCACGUCGACGACGGUGCAAAGCAGUCCCAAGCUGCGCGAGGGAAAUCACGGCGGUGAGGGCAAACCCCUGUACAGUUAUAGGCACCAAAGGCAUCAUAAGGGCAGCGCCGUACCAUCGACAACGGAGAAAACCGAAAAGGAGAAAGAGGAGAAGUACAAUCCCUUGAGUAUCACGAAUCUGCUGAAGAAGGAACCGGUAACCGGUAGCUUUUUGCCGAGCGCGGACAGCCUACCGGACUCGAGAAGAACCCCGGAAUCGGACCGGGCGAGCUCGAGAAGUUCGGCCUCGUCCAAGAGGAAAAGGAUGCUGCCAGAGGGUCGAACUCCGUCCCCUCAGCCCAGCCAACCGUUGCCAAGGCCGUGGAGCCCUGGACUCGAUCCCAAGAACACGCCCAUCGACUACAGUCUUCCCAUCACUACCUCGUACCUGAAGCAUCAGCAGAGGCUACUGCAGCAGGCGGAGAAGAACAAGGCUGCGGCGAUCAAGGAGACCGAGCUCGAGCAGAAAGUGACCGUUCUGUCGGCGGACGAGAUCGUCGACGCCGUCGAGAGGGACAGAUACUCCCCUGCUACCGGAUUAAUCGACACCAAUCUCAAUCUAUUGGCCACCAUUCAGCACCUGCAUUGCCAAGUGAUGCUGGCCCUCACGGAAAGACUCAGACCGUCGAUAACCAUGCCAAGCCCGCUCGUUUUGCCCACGGCGGCCAACGUGCUGACCAAUGGAAUGAUGAUAGGCCCCGAGGUGUCGGUACAAACCGGCGAGAAUCGUACGUGAAAUAAAGGACACUAUUCGCGAAACAUAUGUAAGAAUCCUGGAGCGUUCUAUUGACUCUUCCCCUUGUUGGAAACUUUUGUUGCGAACGAGUUUUUGUUGCGAACGAGUUUUUGUUACAGCCGUCGCAGCCGAAGGGAUGACGAUACGACGGAUAUAUUGCUCUAAUCGGACGUUGAGCAUACAAAGUAUAGUUUUCUAUUAUAUUCCGUUAGGUGGUUUAAGAAUGGAAACGUGACAAGGGAAGGAGUCAUAAACAGACCCGAUCGAUACUAAUCUUAAUCUCGUCACUACCGUACACCGAAUUCAAUUAACGAAAAUACAGCUUUACGUUCAAGUUUCAGAUUUCACCAUCUCUUAAGAGACUUUUGAACCAUCUCAGCUUUGUAAAUCCUUUAGAUACGAUGGCUUUAUUUUACUUCGAAUAUACUUGAUAGAAACGAUUGUUGAAAACUUUACGGAAUAAAUUUCUAACGUGUUCGGUAUAUCUGAUCGAGAGAUAAUCAGACCUAACAUCCACCGAUCCAGCGCUCACGUUCUUCCACGAGAGAACGUUAACGCGGCCAAUAUCCGAUCCUAGCUGCCAUUCAAACUAUCGGCUAACGCGAUCAUCUAUUAAACCGGAUAAGAUCAAUUACUUGGUCGGCGUCGUGGCGUCAACGUCAGUUAAAGUCGGGACCGAGGCUGGAUCGGAUCUCGUUUCGUGCGCUCGAUAUAGACGGCGAAACGAGACGAAUUAUUCGUGAGUCUGUCAAAAUAUGGGUCGACUCUGUCGCACGUUGUCGAUUUAUGGAGGGAACGACCGCAAGCCGAGUACCACAGGCCCUUCUAUCGCGCAAUCGAGUUCGAUAUUUUGAGAUCCGAGUGGAACGCGAUCCGCUCGUUAGACACAGGUCCCCGAAAUGGACGGCGGUUUCGACAGGAGCUAGAAGGAUAGCUUCUGAAUAUUUAACCGUCGAACAAGAUCGAUGAUGACCUCCGACUCGUUGACCCGCGGCACUUUUCGGCCUUUCGUUUUAUCGUCGGAUAAAGUUCGACGAAUAUGCGAUAAUUUGGCACGGGAACACAAACGAUCUCGUCCAACUCCGAGUUUAGAUAUCUGAUAACAAAUAUUCACCAUCUAUAUUGCGAUAUACGAGUAUGUUUAUUUCCAUUUCACCUUCUUCGUUUUAAUCGUUUGUUGACAUUUUCAGUUUUCGAACGCGAGACUCGUCAUCGAUUCUUUGGAUACGCGAGACGCACAAUUACGUUCAAUUCGCAGAAUCCGAUUUCUCGUGAUGACGAUUACGACGAAACGGUGAUUAUAUUCAGAAGAGUAGAUUAAUAUUAAAGGACGAACAAAUAUAACCUUCGUGUAAUCGGGACCUCGCUUAGCGCGAACGAAUAUUAUACCAAAGGCAUUGUAAAAGGCCACGACGAGAAUCUCCUCUUCUUAGGGAAUUCUAUCAAAUCGUUGAUCGAUGUUUGAGCUAUCGUCGAGAACAAGAGUGGUUCCAUGGGUGUGACUCGUACGACGCCAAACAUUUUCGUAUUUGACCGUGUAGACUAGCCUUGUGUAUGAUAUUAAGAAAAAAAAAAAGUAUAGAAGGUAGUUUCUUCGUGUAUUAUAUUAUCUUGUCGUUAAAGACGCCGCGCAGGCGUGAACGUGUGAUGAUGACACGCGAACGUGUUCGUACUAGGAGUUUGAUAAUCGUUGUGAAAGUAGAGACAGACGUUUGAAGAAAAUAAUGUAACGUAAGAGGAGGAACCGUCGAAAGUGUUGAAUAAUAUCGAAACUAUUAUUUUGUAUAUAAUCGUUGUAACAUAGCGCAGUUAGUCGUUAAGGGGUAAAAAAAAGAGCGCGCUGCUCUAUUAUUAUUCCUAUUAUUCCUAUUAUUAUUAUUAUUAUUAUUAUUAUUAUUAUUAAUAUUAUUAUUAAUAAUAUUAUUAUUAUUAUUACCGUGUCAGUUUAUCAUCAUUAUAAUUAAUAAUAAUUAAUUAUUAUUAUUUUAUUAUAUUUAAAUUGCACACGAACAAGAUGGGGAAAUAUAUAAAAUCACAAAAUCAGAA